GGGGAGGAGCCAGUUGUCACCGGCCUUGCUCCACCUCCCGCGAUGCUGGAGCCCCCCAAGGCUCAAGCCCCACCCAGAAACUUCAGUGAUAACACAGAGGCUGAGGGAGACCCAAAGACAGGGAACACCUGCAACGCCCUUUCAGGGGCUUUCUCAGGGGUGUCCAACAUCUUCAGCUUCUGGGGAGAGAGCCGAGGAGGCGGUCAGUACCAGGAGGUCCCCAGCUGCAGCCUGGCUUCCCCCCCGCCUCUCAACACGCCGCUGCACAGCCUGAGCCGGCAGCAGCGCAGCCAGCUGGACACACGCCUCGACCUGCUGCAGAAACAGCUCAACAG